AUGUUUGUCUUUGUAUUUCACAUCCAGGGGCCUUUAGUUAUUCACAGCACAAAGUUAUACCCAACCCCUGACGCAAAGAGUUUCUACGUUUUUGGUCGUAUUAUGAGCGGGACGAUUAAUUCGAACCAACAAGUCCGUGUUUUGGGAGAAAACUAUUCGAUGGAGGACGAGGAGGACUCGAAAAUGGCGUUUGUGGGACGUCUCCUUGUGUCCGUGGCACGAUACAACAUCAGCGUAAAGCGAAUAUCGGCUGGGAAUUGGAUUAUGAUUGAAAAUAUUGAUGCAUCAAUUAGCAAAACUUCGACAAUCGUAGACUGUGACCAGCAGGUUAGACAGAUUGGUAUAUCACAGGCUUAUAUAUUCCGCCCUCUUAACUUCAACACGUGUUCUGUCAUCAAAAUUGCGGUUGAGCCAGUAAACCCUUCAGAACUUCCUAAAAUGUUGGAUGGACUUCGGAAGGUGAACAAAAGCUACCCUCUGUUGACUACGAGAGUGGAGGAAUCGGGCGAACAUGUAGUUUUGGGAACCGGGGAGUUGUAUUUGGACUGUGUAAUGCACGAUCUGAGACGACUGUACUCUGAAAUAGGUUAUUUCUGGGAUGUUAGUCCUAGACAUUAA